AUGCCAAUGACGGCACCACAGGAUCGACUAUUACUUGUUUUCGUUCACGGCUUUCGGGGAACAGAUACGACAUUCAAGGAUUUCCCAGAGCGAUUAAAGGCCAUAGCAACGAGUAGCGAUGUACACACUAUUGUAUAUCCUCGAUACAAGACUUCAGGGGACUUCAACGUGGCGGUGCAUAACUUGCAAGUGUGGUUACAAGAUCAAGUGAAGCAGCAGCAAACUUCGAUGGCAUCUUCAGGUCAAACAGGCAAUGUUUUGGUUGUAUUACUUGGUCAUUCGAUGGGAGGACUUGUAUCUGCAGAGGUGAUAUUGCGACAAAAGGGCCAAGAUUUGCUGGGCACCAAAGCACGGGUCAUUGGAUUACUCGCAUACGAUACACCAUUCUAUUCACUCAAUCAUCGCUUUGUCUCAGGCACAGCAUUGUCACAUAUGGAUAAGCUUAACAACCAUGUCAGCCGAUUCUUCACAAGCAACACCUCAACCGCCACAACUUCAUCUCGAUCAGUAUCCUCUACAGCUAAGCAAAUCACGUGGACAGGUGCAACAUCUUCAACUACGACUCGUGCUGCUGCUGCUGCCGCUGCUUCGAAUACAGCUACAAAAAAAUCAUCGUCUGGUUGGGGUCUAUUGGCUGGUGUGGUGGGUGUUGCUGCUGUUGGGGCUGCUGCCUAUUUGGCCAAAGAUGUGAUUACUUCAAAGGUGAACGACGCAAUGGAUCAUGUUGAGUUUGUGAGCACAUUGAUGGAUUUUGAAGCAUGUUGGGAAAGAAUGCGUCGUCUCUCUCAGCUGGAUGAUGUCCUGUUUCGAUGUUUCUAUAUACAACUUGAGAAUCAUGAGAGUUUGGCCACGGAUCCAAAAACAUUCAUUGCAUUGCCUCCUCCUGAAACAGCACAUUAUUUCAUUCCCAUCCCAUCAAGAGCUGAAGGCGAAGUGGAGGCCCACAUGAGCAUAUUCAACGCCAAAAAGAACGAUCAUUAUUAUACACUUGGAUUAGAUACCAUGUCCUUAAUAUCCGAAAUGCUUGCUAGACACCAAAGACGUAGAGAUUAA